UCGGAAACCAGGGACUAACCGUUUUCAGAGAAGACAGGAUGCUACAGCUGAGUCUGUCCUGGCUGGGAAUGGGGCCCCUGACUGGCUCUCCGUGGCAUCUACUGCUGCUGGGAGGGGCCGCUUGGAUUCUAGCCCGAAUUCUGGCCGGGAUCUAUGCCUUCUAUGACAAUUGCAGCCGCCUUCGUUGCUUCCCUCAGCCCCCUAAACCAAGCUGGUUCUGGGGUCACUUGGCCUUGAUGAAGAACAACGAGGAAGGCAUGCAGUUCAUAGCACAUCUGGGCCACUACUUCCGUGAUGUCCACCUCUCUUGGGUUGGACCUGUGUACCCAAUCCUGAGACUCGUCCACCCUAACUUCAUUGCUCCCCUGCUCCAAGCCUCAGCUGCUGUUGCACCCAAGGAAAUGACUCUCUACGGCUUCCUGAAGCCCUGGCUGGGGGAUGGGCUAUUGGUGAGUGCUGGUGAGAAGUGGAGUCACCACCGAUGCCUGCUGACACCUGCCUUCCAUUUUGACAUCCUGAAGCCCUAUGUGAAGAUUUUUAACCAGAGUGUGAACAUCAUGCACGCCAAGUGGCAGCGUCUGACCACCAAGGGUACUGCCCAUCUAGACAUGUUUGAACACAUCAGCCUGAUGACCUUGAACAGUCUGCAGAAGUGCAUCUUCAGCGUCGACAGCAACUGUCAGGAGUCUAACAGCGAAUACAUUGCUGCGAUCCUGGAGCUCAGCUCCCUCAUAGUAAAACGGCACCGCCAGCCCUUCCUGUAUGUGGACUUCCUGUACUACCUCACUGCUGACGGGCGGCGCUUCCACAAGGCCUGUGACCUAGUGCACAACUUCACAGAUGCUGUCAUCAGGGAGAGACGCAGCACCCUCAAUACCCAGGGUGCUGAUGAAUUCCUAAAGGCCAAGGCUAAGACUAAAACUUUAGACUUUAUUGAUGUUCUCUUGCUGGCCAAGGAUGAACAUGGUAAGGGGCUGUCAGAUGAGGACAUCCGAGCAGAGGCUGACACCUUCAUGUUUGGAGGUCAUGACACCACAGCCAGUGCACUCUCCUGGAUCCUAUACAACCUGGCGAAGCACCCAGAAUACCAGGAGCGCUGCCGGCAGGAGGUGCGGGAGCUCCUGAGGGACCGAGAGCCUGAGGAGAUUGAGUGGUGA